AUGUCUACUCAGUAUGCCACUGAGCCGACUCCGACCGCUUCGGCCACGUUAAACACAACCGUUGGCCCAAUUCAUAUCGCUCUUUUCGCAAACCAGGUCCCCCUCACCUGCAAGAACUUCCUCCAACACUGCAAGGACAACUACUACGCCGGAACUAUCUUCCAUCGGGUCGCUCCAGGAUUCGUCAUCCAAGGUGGUGAUCCGACGGGGACUGGGUCCGGUGGUACCUCCAUUUACGAAUACCCGGAAUUCGAAUACGACCCCGAAGCGCGCGAUCCGAACGAGCGAGUGGUUUUGCGAGAUGAACUACACAGUCGCCUGCGCUUCAACCGGCGUGGAUUAGUUGGAAUGGCCAAGAGUGAGGAUGGGACUUACGGUAGUCAAUUCUUUAUCACACUUGACAAUACCGAGCGGGAGUUGAAUGGGCAAUGUACGAUGUUUGGCCGAUUGGAGGGAGACAGUAUCUUCAAUGUGUUAAAGAUUGCCGAGGCAGAGCGUGUCGAGGGCACCGAAAAGCCCGUAUACCCGGUGAAAGUAAUCUCGUGUGAGGUCGGAGAAUUGGGCCCGAUGGAAGGCAAGCUGAAGGAUCGCAAGACUGUUUCUACAUCGACAGGGGAUAAGCCGGCGGUCAAAAAGAAGAAGAAGAACCCCAAAGCUGGAAAAGUCUUACUGAGCUUUGGCGAUGACGUAGGCGAAGAGGAGAUGCCUAUGCGACCAGCGAAGCCGAAGUUCAACACAAAACUAGUCGCCGAUUUGCCCGGUGCACCUAGCGACGCGCCUGCCCCGAAGUCACAAAAAGCAGAGUCUAAACAACCCCGAAAGCGAGCACAUUCUCCGUCCCCGAAACGAUCUCCAUCGACGGAGCGCAAACAACGUCCGAAAACACCAGAACCCCAGGCACAACUCCCUAUACAAGACCCCGAAGAACCUGAACGAUCCCCUACACCUGCAAAAGAAACCAAGCUUUCACGAACGAAUGCUGAAAUUGCAUCUCUCAAAGCUUCCAUGCGUCGCAAUGUUGACACUGGAUCUACCGACUCGAGCCACAAGAAAUCAGCCCUUGAGUCAAUGAUUCCUGAGACUGCAAUUCGAGGCCGGAGACGCCCUCACCCAAGCUCCACCAACGGCGCAUCUAGCUCAGGGCCGAGAAGCUCAGCAGAGAACGAAGCACUCCGUAUGUUUAACGCUUUCAAAGCCAAACUUGAAAGCGCAGACACACAAUCCUCAGCUCAAAUAUCAAAUAAUCAACCACAAACCAACAAAGAUACCAAAAGCCAAGAUCAAGAAGAAGAUGAAGAAGAGCAACUAUGUGAUCUACAUUUCAUCGUCAAUUGUCAGUCGUGCAAAUCCUGGGAUGACCCGGAAGCCGCAACGGCGGACAAUGGAGAUUUUGACGAGGCAGGAUGGAUGUCCCACCAGCUCCGCUUUGGCAAGGAUACCCUGGGCAAAGAUUUGAACUGGAAGAAAGAACACCAGGCCGACGUGGACUCGCUAAUGGUGAUUGACCCUCGUGAGAAAGAGAAGGACCUAGCUGGCAGCAGUGGUCGCAAGAGAGGUCUCCAACGGGACCGAGAACGCGAGCGCAAACGAGAGCGAGCUGGAGAACUUGAAUGGGAUCAAGAAAGGAGGUAG